AUGCCCAACAACUAUCGAUUUGUAACGAGAAGGGCGGAGAAAGUGACCGGCUGUGCUGAGCGGAGAGAUAUUGUAAAGACCGCCCAAGAUGCGGGAAUUUCUCCAGCAGAUAUAAAUAAUUUAGUUGCACUUAAUGCAGGUCAGUCUGCUUAUCCAGAUUUGAAAUUGCCUAACUUUUGUGAGAGCAAAGAUGAUAUUCAUGAUUAUCUUGCGCGUUUUGAGAAGAUUGCAGAAAUACAGAAUUGGGAGGUAGAACGUUAUCACAUUUACCUUGGAGCACAAUUGACAGGAAAAGCCUUAAAAACUUAUAUUAAUUUGCCUAAUAAUGUUCUUUCUAACUACGAAUUGGUUAAGGAUGCCUUGCUUAAAAUUUAUUGCUUAGAUGCCGAGUCUUAUCGUAAGAAAUUCCGGGAAAGCAAAAUGAACGAGACAGAAUCGUAUGUUCAACUAGUUACUAGAAUGGAACAGUACGUAAGAAAUUGGAUAAGUCUUAGUGAAGUGAGGGAGGAUUUCAACGACCUUUGUGACUUCCUUGUUAGAGACCAAUUGCUGAGCAACUGCUCUUUAGAUUUGCGGAUAUUUUUAAAAGAGCGAUUAUUUGACAACACUCUUGAUAUGGCACAAGCUGCCGACAGAUUCAGAGCUGCACAUCGCAAUAUUAAACCGCGGAAGACCUUCUCUGCGAGAGAAGAAACGAGCGAAAGGCGCGACGCAAAGUCCGACGUGGUAUGUCACAAUUGCAAAGCUACGGGGCACAUUCGACCUAAUUGUCCUGAAUUAAAAAGAUCGCGGUUGGGGUCAUCUAAGGUUAACUUCGUUUUUGAAUCGGAUCUUACUCCGCAGAACAGUGUUACCGACGAUGCGAUUUUAUUUAACAAACCUGUUAAUGCUCUCUUUGAUUCUGGAUGUUCAACUAUUAUAGUAAAAGAUUCGCUGAUUCCCCCGUAUGUAAAACGACGAAAGACCAUUACACUAUACGAUUACCUAGGUGUCGGCAAGACUUUUCCCGAAAUACGGUGCUUCAUAAAGAGUCGCUUUUUGACUGGAUGGGUGAAUGCCGUUGCGGCACCCAUCAAAUUCACUGACAUACUAAUCGGAAUGGUACCCGGGGUCAAGAUGCCAGCAUUAGAUUUAACGGGCAAGACUAAUAAUGGCAAAACUUCAGCGAUUGAUAAACAUGAAAUUGCAAGUGCCGAUAACUUAGUCAUGGAAAUUCAGACUCGAAGAGGUAAAAUGGCUGACCUUGCUAAACCUCGUGCCUUAAAUGUACCAGAACUUAUAAUUAAAGAUAUCACAAAACAAGAGAUGAUGGAAGAACAAGACAAAUGCAUAACUCUAAAUGACAUAAGAUCAAAAGUAGAGAGAGGGAGUAUAGUAAAUGUCAAACAUAGAUCAGUAAAGUAUGAAAAAGUUAACGAUCUCCUCUAUAGAAUUUGUCUUCAAAGUAAAAAUGAAAAUGAGAUUGGUAUGAAGCAAUUAGUUGUCCCUCGCAAAGUCAAGAAAGUACCGUUAGUGUCCAUGCCCGUGAUAAAUGAACCGUUUUCUCGCGUUGCCAUAGAUCUCGUAGGCCCGUUAUCACCUUCAGAAAGAGGCCAUCGGUAUAUCUUAACUCUAAUAGACUGCGCUACUCGUUUUCCUGAAGCUGUUCCUCUACGCAGUAUCGAUACGGUAACUGUCGCUGAAAACCUAAUUGAUAUAUUUUCGCGUGUCGGUAUUCCUAAAGAAAUCUUGUCAGACCGCGGCACACAGUUCAAGUCCGACCUUAUGAACGAGAUAAAUAGACUUUUGUGUGUAAAGGCUCUCUAUACAAGCCCGUAUCACGCUUGUUGCAAUGGCACAGUAGAGCGGUUUCAUGCAGUUUUGAAAUCCAUGUUAAGGAAACUAUGUAUGGAACAACCAAAAGACUGGGACCGAUACAUUCCCUCGGUGCUAUUUGCCUACCGUGAGAUUCCUAAUGACACUUUAAAGUUUUCUCCUUUUGAAUUGUUGUAUGGCCGUAGGGUUCGAGGACCACUUACAAUUUUGUAUGAACUGUGGACCAACGAUAAUCUGGACAGUAAUGUAAAGAACACCUAUCAGUACGUGUUAGAUCUUCGAACUAAAUUAGAGGAAUCUGCUCAGUUAGCUUCAUCUCAUGCUAAGAUCAAUAGUAAUCUGUAUAAAGCCUACUUCGAUCGCGGCGCUAAAGCGCGCUCGCUCGCCGUUGGCGACGAAGUGCUCGUUUUGCUUCCUUCAACGCAUAACAAGCUCACUAUGCAGUGGAAAGGCCCAUACACCGUUAUUAAACGUCACGAUAACGGAGUAGAUUACUUAAUUAAAGUAAAGGGUAAAGCCAAACUUUACCAUAUCAACAUGAUGAAAAAGUUCAUUAAAAGGGAGGACAUUGAAACGCCUAAUGUUUGCCAGAUAUGUGUAGUAGAUGAUGAUAUUGCUAGUGAUGACACGUGCGAUGUCUCUGUAAUGAGCAAUACGGUAACUAACUUUAAUAUCGGUGCAGAUCUAAAACCUGAUCAAAUAAAAGAGCUAAGGAACCUACUUGAUAAAUACCCAGAUGUAUUUUCAGAUAACCCUGGACUAACUAGCUCGGUAACGCACGAUAUCAAAUUAACUACCACCGAACCCGUACACCGCAAGCCUUACGCGAUUCCUCACCAUUUGAUUAAACCAUUUGAGGCAGAAGUACAGAGAAUGAAAGAACUUGGAGUGAUCGAACCAUCCGAUUCGCCGUACUGUUCGCCCGUAGUUCUCGUGAAAAAGUCGAAUAACACCUGGAGGUUCUGUGUUGAUUUCAGAGCUCUGAAUAAUAUUAGUCAAUUCGAUGCUGAACCGAUGCCUUUUAUGGACGAAGCGCUGGGAAACUUCACAUCAGAUAAGUUCUUCACAGAACUCGAUUUAUGUAAAGGUUAUUGGCAAAUUCCCUUAAGUGAACGAUCUAAGCCAUAUACUGCUUUGCAACCAAUAUCUCCUAUUAAUGUCUUGCUGAGAAGAUAUAGUAGUAAUGUAACUGAUGCUUCUGACACGGGCUUGGGUGCAAUCCUUCUGCAGGAAAUGAAUGGAGAAUUAAUGCCUGUCGCCUAUGCCAGCCGCGCACUAUUAGACCGCGAGACGCGUUACGCAGUUAUAGAACGCGAAUGCCUCGCUAUAGCAUAUUCUUUUAUAAUUCAGUAUAUCAAAGGUGUUGAUAAUGUAGGAGCUGAUCUCCUUAGUCGAUGUCCGGUAAUUAUCGAUUAG